UAUAAAGCAUCGCGUAGGUGGGACGGAGGGGGGGGAUAGUUUGACAUCGCGCAUGCGCAGUGUCAUACCGGUGACGGCUGUACACACGGUGGCCUAGCGAAUAAAAAGUGUAUUAUAGAGCCCAAUUUGACAGGCUACACAAUGAGUCAGGGUAAGGACAAUGCACGACUCAAGAGCUACAAGAACAAGUCCCUCAACACAGAUGAAAUGAGAAGAAGGAGGGAAGAGGAAGGCCUACAGCUUCGGAAACAGAAGAAGGAUGAACAGCUCUUUAAGAGGAGGAAUGUUGCCACAGUGGAGGAUGACGGCCUCCCCGACGAGGAUGGAAUGGCCGAUAGCGGCUACCUGGAGUCCCAGGCUAACAACAUGGAUCCAAACACGGGUGGAGUGAUCUCUGAAGACAUGACUCAGAUGAUCUUCUCCAGUAGUCCUGAGCAGCAGCUAAUAGGCACUCAGCGCUUUAGGAAACUGCUUUCGAAAGAACCCAACCCACCCAUCGAUGAAGUCAUCGCUACUUCAGGCGUGGUGGAGCGCUUUGUUGAGUUCCUGAAGAGGAAAGAAAACUGUACACUUCAGGUACAUUUCCACAGUCUGCAGUUUGAGGCUGCGUGGGUGUUGACUAACAUCGCAUCGGGGACAUCCCAUCAGACUCGGGUGGUGAUCCAGGCCGGAGCUGUGCCCAUCUUCAUAGAGAUGCUCAGCUCGGAUUUCGAAGACGUACAGGAACAGGCAGUGUGGGCCUUGGGAAACAUAGCAGGAGACAGCACAGAAUGCAGAGACUUUGUCAUAGACUGCAACAUCCUGCCUUCCCUGGUGCAGUUAUUGGCCAAACAGAACCGUCUAACGAUGAUGAGGAAUGCAGUGUGGGCGCUCUCAAACCUGUGCAGAGGAAAAAACCCACCUCCGGACUUCGCUAAGGUGUCCCCGUGUCUCAGUGUGCUGUCCUGGCUGCUGUUCGUCAAUGACACAGACAUCCUGGCUGAUGCAUGCUGGGCACUCUCCUACCUAUCUGACGGCCCCAACGACAAAAUCCAGGCUGUUAUUGACUCGGGAGUCUGUCGCAGGCUGGUGGAGCUGCUGCUGCACUCUGACUAUAAGGUGGUAUCUCCUGCACUGAGAGCUGUUGGGAACAUAGUCACAGGAGAUGAUCUGCAGACACAGGUGAUCUUGAACUGUUUGGCGCUGCAGUCCCUCCUGCACCUCCUGAGCAGCCCCAAGGAGUCCAUCAAGAAGGAAGCCUGCUGGACAAUCUCCAACAUCACCGCAGGGAACCGAGCACAAAUACAGAUGGUGAUGGAUGCCGGUCUGCUGCCUCCUCUCAUCACCAUCCUGCAGGUCGCAGAGUUUCGCACAAGGAAGGAGGCAGCCUGGGCCAUCACCAACGCCACCUCAGGGGGCUCUGCAGAGCAAAUUAGGCACAUUGUGGAUCUCGGCUGUAUAAAACCUCUGUGUGACCUGCUCACACUCAUGGACUCCAAAAUAGUUCAGGUGGCUCUCAACGGCCUGGAGAACAUCCUGCGACUGGGAGAGCUGGAGGCCAAGAGGGGGGGGGGCAUCAACCCCUACUGUGCCCUCAUCGAAGAGGCCUACGGCCUGGACAAGUUGGAGUUCCUGCAGGGCCACGAGAACCAGGAGAUCUACCAGAAGGCCUUCGACCUGAUCGAGCGCUACUUCAACACCGAGGACGAGGACCCGGCUCUGGCCCCGGCCGUGGACCUGCAGCAGCAGCAGUUCCUCUUCCAGCAGUGCGAGGCCCCCAUGGAAGGCUUCCAGCUAUAAUGCUAAAAAGCCUUUCCUCCCCAUGUGCUCCACCUCCAUCCUCAUCUCUCUCUCUCUCUCUCUGCCCACUGCCACGAUCAAGGGGUUUGGAUAACCCCUCCCCUCCUGAGAUCCAAUCAUAACCAUGAUUAUGUGACGUUGGAGGAGCGUGUGCGAGUACGUCUGACGUGGGUGGAGUUCUGCAGUCCUGUCAGCCAGUUUGUGAAGGUUUCACUCAUUCUCACGUCACCCUGAACCCUCACCUUCCUGCUCAGCUGAUUGUCCUCGUAACACUCCCCCCCCCUCUCCCGUCGUACUGUUAGGAUUCCCUCAGCCCCCCCCCCUAAAUGAAAAGCACUCUUCCUGACCCGGUGGGAGUUCGUAGGACUGCACUGCUUGUCUGAUUGAAGCAUUAAUGACUCACAAGACAGACAAACAUGGACGUGAUUUUUUUUUUUACCCCGCCUUCCUCACAUGGAGAAGAACGAUGUAACCUAAACACUGGACUGACCAUGAGACGUUGACCACAUGUGACUGUGGUCUUUGGACUGAGCUGCCCACAGUACAACCCACGGACUCAACUGACCUCUACUAAAGGCACUUAGACACCCCAUAAGGAGCUGUUUUCCCUCGCCUCCUCUGGAUAAGCCACCACAGGGAAUUAGGAACUUGACUGUCGCUGAGGGGCGGAGUUUGGCUGCUUGCGUUCCCUCUUGGAAACCAUAUCAUGCAUUCUUUUGAUCCAGUAGUUGGUCUUUCCACUUCAUGUGACGUCAUUAGCCCUGUGGAUUCACGGGAAUUGGAGUCUUCCCUCGCACUGAGACAUUUAGACAGACUUGGACAAAACAGACUAUUUAACCCCGGGAUCUGUCCAGCAGCAGAGCAGCGGGAUAUUUUAUUUUUUAUUAUCUUACCAUAAUUGCAUUUCAUUUGCAGCACUUUAGUUCUGGACUGACGCCUGCUCUUCGAGAACGUACCGUCGUUUUAUUGCGUUAACUAUUUCAUUGGUUGAUGACGCGGCUCUUCCCUCCUCAGGCGUAAAGGAGUCCGGAUGCUCGGUCCCCUUCUGGUUUCACAAGGAUUACAAUGUACUUUGCCGACUGUUCCCACAGGAAGGACUCGUUGUGGACUGAAAACUCCUCGCACACUAAUUACAAUCAGUAGAUCAUGCUGCCUCGGCAAAGCUCGAAGAACUGUAUUGUAACAAAGUACAUCUUGGAAAAUGGGCUGUUUAGCUGUGCAGUCUAAAUGUCUUUCCAACACAUGUUCAGGUAGUAUUUCCAAUUUGAUCAUGCCAAAUCAUCAAUACCAGCUAUUGGGUCUCAAAUUAGUCUUUUAAAGAAAAAGCUAUUAUUUGUUUAAGUUGGGUUUAGCAUCUGUCAUGGUGCCAUAAUCCUCAUUCUACAGGAACUCUUCCAGAUGAUCUGAUGACAACUCCAGAUGAAAAACACACUGGAGAUCACCUUAGUUAGCAAAGCUUGUUUGUUUACCAAGUCCUCCAAACAUUGCUUACUUUUAUCAAAUCUCUGCCGGAGAUGACCAGCUCUACGUGUUAAUUACUGUUUGUUGUAUUGAGUUUGUGCAACUGUCCCCUGUUAUGCCAUUUGCAUAAAAGCUGUUUCAUGAA